CGCGGCGGGGAAGCCAGCAGUCAGUCUGUGGUAGGCGCUAACUGCCGAGGACUGCUCACAAGAUGAUACCCACACUCAACAUGGAUAACGACACCCAAAAUUUCAACACCUACGGUGCUUACUUUGCACCAUUAAGAUCUAUAGACGGCUCAAAAAUGUUAGUGGAAGGCCUAGAAGGCGAAGCACUGGCAGCUAUCCCCGACCACUGGAUGUCAUACGCGUCGCCGCCUGCCAGCGCGCACACCGCCCUAGCAUUGCUUUAUUGUUUCUUCACCGCCGCCGCGUUGAUCGGAAACGGACUCGUCAUAUUUAUAUUCUCUACGACAAAGAGUUUACGGACGUCAAGCAACCUCCUAAUCCUAAACUUAGCGAUAUUAGACUUUCUAAUGAUGGCAAAAGCUCCAAUCUUCAUUUACAACAGCGCCAAUCGCGGCUUCGCUAGUGGCGUACUUGGCUGUCAAAUAUUUGCCUUAAUAGGCUCUUACAGCGGCAUCGGUGCUGGAAUGACUAACGCAUGCAUCGCUUAUGACAGGCACUCCACGAUAACACGUCCACUAGACGGACGGUUAUCGCGAGGGAAAGCUUUACUAAUGAUCGCUUGCAUCUGGAUAUAUGCUACGCCUUGGUCCAUACUACCGUUAUUGAAGAUUUGGGGUAGAUUUGUACCAGAGGGUUACCUAACGUCCUGCAGCUUCGACUACCUCACAAAUAGUUUUGACACAAAACUCUUUGUGGGAUGUAUAUUCGUCUGUAGUUACUGUUUCCCAAUGUUCUUCAUAUUAUAUUUCUACAGCGGCAUCGUCAAACAAGUGUUUGCGCACGAAGCAGCAUUAAGGGAGCAAGCGAAGAAAAUGAACGUAGAAUCACUACGAUCGAAUCAAAACGCGGCAGCAGAGUCAGCGGAAAUCAGGAUAGCGAAAGCAGCGCUUACAGUGUGCUUCCUCUUCGUGGCUUCGUGGACGCCCUACGGAGUGAUGGCGCUCAUAGGAGCUUACGGAGACCAGAACUUACUUACGCCUGGUGUAACAAUGAUUCCAGCGGUUACAUGCAAGGCAGUAGCGUGCAUAGAUCCAUGGGUGUACGCGAUCAGCCAUCCUAAGUAUAGACAAGAACUUCAGCGGCGAAUGCCCUGGCUCCAAAUAAAUGAGCCGGACGACAACGCAUCGACUGGCACCACCAAUACCACCAACUCUACAACCCCUACAGCGUAACAGACGAAAAAUACGAAACCUUGCGACUAAACGGACUCUGACACCAUGUUAUAAGCAAUCGAAAUGAAAAAAUACAAAAAAAAUGUUACCUAUGAACUAUUCUUAGUCUUUUAAGUUCUUUUUUUUAUGUGUAAUUAAGUUUUUACAGAUUAUUUAUACUUUAAGCUCAAAAUGAGAUUCGAAAUGAAAUAUUGACGACAAUGGCUACACUAACGGUUUUUGAUCAAAUAAGAUAUUUCAAUAUAUCUGUCUAUGUAACUAAAGCAAGCAAAUUAUAUGAAAGAAAAUCGCUAUAA